AUGGCUCUUACACCCCGAAUGGAUCCAUAUGCGCGGCUGCUCUUCCGUUUAUAUGAGGCCCUUGUUUUGCUUUCGAUUUUGCGGCCAGUAAAUGGGUCACAUCUUAUCACACAGCUCAGCAGCUACACCAUUCAAGACGCUAGGAGGCGCUUUCUCAAAAACUUGUGCUUCCUUUGCGACUACAAAAAAGGGGGCGGCAGCACCACUGCCAUAGCCGUGGAGGAACGUGAAGACUGCCAUGUGUUCUGGGUUUCCUCGAACGAAGGGCCUGGCGGGGGCAUCACACGUCACAUAAGUGAUGUUCUUGAUCAUGUGCAGCGUUUUGCCAGUCACAGUGAGGACCGUGUUACAUCAGAGGAGGCUUUGUUGGUCAUGUGCACUGCGUUUGCUUCGUUGCGGAUCAGGCAGCUGAUCAGGAUUCUACGCAAUGCGGCUAGAAAGUGCCGAGUGUCGCUGGAGGGCGCUCAGAAGGAGCACAACGACGGUAUCAUGAACUGGCUUCGAAGUUUCGAGGAUAACAACUCCUCCGAGCUGUCUAUGUGCCGGGCAGCGUAUUGCGCUCGCAAUGACGAAGAACUGCGUCAGAUAGAACAAUUUGGCCAAGAAUCCGAAGAAACCCCGGAUGUAAUGCAGACUUUGCCCGCAUUCCGCGCAGUCAAGCAUAUGAUCGGCCGGUUGGCAGCUUAUAUCCGCGCUGUUUCUCAGCUCCUUGACGAUGGAAGCCGUUUGCGAAAACUUCUUAUGGACUAUCGCAUCGUGUACAGUGUUCAAUGCCCUGCGAGCGCGGCAGUUCCUGAGGCCGACCCGCACACGACCUUGAGCGGUGUACUCAAACGCUUGCUCCCCAAUCAAGACAUUCGAUACCCGCAGUAUCUUCGUUUCCUCGCGGACCUGGACAAACAAGUUCAUCUUGAAUCCAGGCUACACAGGGAGUUCGAGCCAGGCAAACUGGAGCCUGGCGUUCAUGCCGAGGUUCAGCUACUGCAUCACUUUUACAGCGAAAAACGCCAGUUCGCUGCCAAAGAUAGAUAUAUCGCGUGUAGCAAGCCUGCAUGCAUCUGCUGUGAGCUAUACUUUCGUCAUCAUCCUGCCAAAGUCUGCCUACUCGACUCCCACCGAAAAGUAUACCCAAAUUGGGGGAUCUUGAGCCUUGAAGGGGGGGCAGAGAACCCUCACUGGCUCGAAUACCGCAGAACCAUCAAUGGUGUGGUGGGAGACCUAAAGUUCAUGGUCCUGGACCAGAUCUCGGAGCUACAGAUUUUGAGCUGCGAGCGUCAAGAUACGUUAACACAGAUAACUACGUCCCAAGGUAGCGUAGAUGGCGAUUCGGAUUCAGAAAUGGACACAUUUGGAAACUUCGGCAAGAUUGAAACACCAGUAAAUCGUAAGUAA